GACGGUUGAGUCUGAAUGGAUUUGGAUAUAGUUCGUGCGUCUAGUCGAGGUUUAAAAAUGGUUGUUGUUUUUGCCGGUUCCACGAGUCUGUGUUUGCCGGGAAAUGCUUUAGCGGCGGCAUGCGUGCGGAGAAGACGAAGCCAGGGAAUUACUAUAAGAAGCGAGGCAGAAGGGAAAAAUCCGGUUCCAGGUAGAGACCGGGUGAUAGGGUUUGGAAAACACAAGGGCAAAAUGCUUGGAACCCUUCCUUCAACCUAUCUGAAAUGGAUCUCCAAAAACCUUCGAGCAAGAGAGUUCGAAGAGUGGGCGAUUUUAGCAGACCAAGUUCUGGAAGACCCGAUUUACCAAGACCGGGUCCAGUGGGAGUUCGCUCACAACGUUUUGACCGGCGCUGGUCGGAGUGGCCGUGACAACGUCGUUUCUGAGUUGUCGGAGAUCAGUGACCGGUUUGGCUGGGAUUGGGAUAAUAAAUCCGGUUGGAGAGGUGUGGAUUUUGAGCUCUUGGGGACCUCGAAAGGUGGAAGAAUUCCACGGCGAAUUGAACCAACUCAGAAAUCGGAAUCGAAGACUGCGCAAAAUGUAUCAGGUGGCGGCGGCGGCGGCGGCGGAAGGAGGAGGGAGAGAAGAGAUCGGUUGAGAGAGAAGCGAGAGAAAUCGACGGGAGGCGGCGAGAAAAGUGAAAGGAAAACGGAGAUUGAGAAUCCCGUUCCCAGGUUUAACAAUCCCUUCCCUGGCCGUCAAGCUCUUCUAAAACGGGUUGCCACAAUUAAAUCAGAUUUGUUAGUUAAAAAGAAACCCAAUUCCUAAGAGAAAGCAACUGUAUAUAGGGACCAUAACUUUGAGAAAAUUGAUAGUAGAAUCUUCGUUCAUUACUGAGAAUUAUGUAGAGUCACUAAAAUAAUAUGUUUAUUAUUGAGUGAGCGUUUGGAACAAGACAAUAUAAAGUCUCAGCUCAAUCCAUUCCUUGAUUCGAUCA